AUGGCUAUAGUAAGAGGUGAAUGCGACAUGGGCGUGUUGUUAGGAAUGGAGUUGGAUAAGAAGAGGGGAGGAUGGGUUUGGGAGUUUCCUGAGAUGGAAGUGAGAAGAAGAAGAAGAAGAAGAAGAAGAAGAAGAAGAUCGGAAGAGAACGAGAAUGAGACGAAAGAAAAGGACGACGACGACGACGAUUCUGAUCAAGAUGAAGGCAUUAGGAUAUGUCGCGCAUCGCUCAUGGUCAAGGAGCGACUUCCUAUUCUUCUUCUCGAUGGUCUUCCAUUUCGCAUAUCUCCAAGACCUUAUCGGCCAUUAAGGAUACCGAGUAACACCCGCCCAGACAGUCUCAAGCAAGGGAAACGACCCCUGAAGCGAUCAGGCCUCGAAGACUCGCUCUGGCAAGCCCUCAUCGACAUACGACCUAUAGAAGACCUCGUCGCAGAGACUAUCUAUGAUGCAUGGCUUCAGAAAAUGGAUUCGUUGCCCCCUCUGGGAUCUGACUCGGUUGAUGUCCAAUGGACCAUCGCCCGCGCCCUUGAGACUAACGCUGACACUACACGAAGCAUGGAACGCCGAGGCGAGUUCAGCUCAAUUACGUCUGCGGAUUGGGCAAAUCUCUCAGAGCGUCUUCAAAGACGUAUUCAGAUUUCUGCUACGGUCGCACUUCAGGUACACGCCCAGCAAGCGCAGGAUGAGCCCAAGGAUGCCAACUCGCGGAGUCUUGAUCGGAUAGCCUACCUUGGUGGUCUUCUUCUUCCUUUGACGGUCGUAUCCGGGAUUCUCUCCAUCGAGAACUCAUAUGGCCCCGAGGGUUCAUCAUUUUGGGUGUUCUGGCUUGCAUCGGGCCUGUGUUCGAUUUGCGCAAUACUCGUUAUUUACGCAGAUCACCUCCGGACAUUGGAUGUAUGGAUGGAGGUAGCGGCCACCGAAAUUCUCGAUCUAGACCAUAAUAGACGAUUCCAGGCAAACCGCACACCGCGAAGACGGGAAUACCAUAGCAGCGGCGACCCGGAGCGCGGAGAGGCCAAGUUGACUACGGCUUCCGAUGGAGGCGUGUAUGUGGUACAGCAUCGAGGGGAUGGGACGAGAGGUAAAGCUUGGAGAAGAGCAGAGUUGGGGUGGCUUGGAGCAAUGAAGAAGAUGUGUGGGUGGUAUCGAUGGAGAGGGAAUUCAGGGAUCGAGUUUCGGAUGCCGGGAUGGGAGAGGAAGGUGAAGAAUUUGGUAUGGCAAUAA